UCAUAGGCCUCAAAGAAGAGAAUGUCGAGACGCAGUAGCCAUUUACAAGCUAAGCAGCAGCAUGUCCAGCCCAACCAGCCAGACUCUCCCCAAGAAGCCCAGAUAAUUCAGGCCAAGAAGAGAAAAACAGCACAGGAUGUCAAAAAAAGAAAAGAGGAGAUCACCAAGAAGCAUCAGUAUGAGAUCAGGAAUUGUUGGCCACCUGUACUGUCUGGAGGAAUCAGUCCUUGCAUUAUCAUUAAAACACCUCAUAAAGAAAUAGAAACAAGUGACUUCUCUAGAUUUACAAAUUACAGAUUUAAAAAUCUUUUUAUUAAUCCAUCACCUCUGCCAGAUUUAAGCUGGGGGUGUUCACAGGAAGUUUGGCUAAACAUGCUACAAAAGGAGAACAGAUAUGUGCAUGACAAACAUUUUGAAGUUUUGCAUUCUGACUUGGAACCACAGAUGAGGUCAAUACUUCUAGACUGGCUUUUAGAGGUUUGUGAAGUAUACACACUUCAUAGGGAGACAUUUUACCUUGCCCAAGACUUUUUUGACAGAUUUAUGUUGACACAAAAAGAUGUAAAUAAAAAUAUGCUUCAACUCAUUGGGAUUACCUCAUUGUUCAUUGCUUCUAAACUGGAGGAAAUCUACGCUCCCAAACUUCAAGAGUUUGCUUAUGUCACUGACGGUGCUUGUAGUGAAGUAGAUAUCUUAAAGAUGGAACUCUCUAUAUUAAAGGCUUUAAAAUGGGAACUUUGUCCUGUAACAGUCAUUUCCUGGUUGAAUCUUUUUCUACAAGUUGAUGCUGUUAAAGAUGUUCCCAAGGUUCUUCUACCUCAGUAUUCUCAGGAGACAUUCAUCCAGAUAGCUCAGCUUUUAGAUCUGUGUAUCCUCGCCAUCGACUCAUUAGAAUUUCAAUACAGAAUUCUGGCAGCUGCAGCCUUAUGCCAUUUUACCUCCAUUGAAGUAAUUAAGAAGGCCACAGGUUUGGAAUGGGAUGACAUUUCAGAAUGUGUAGAUUGGAUGUCGCCUUUUGUCAGUGUAGUAAAAAGUGUAAGUCCAGUGAGGCUGAAGACCUUUAAGAAGAUACCUAUGGAAGACAGACACAAUAUCCAGACACACACAAAUUAUUUGGCUUUGCUGAAUGAAGUAAACUAUGUGAACACCUUCAGAAAAGGAGGGCAGUUGUCACCAGUGUGUAAUGGCGGCAUUAUGACACCACCGAAGAGUACUGAAAAACCACCAGUAAAACACUGAAGU